UUUUUUUGGUAAAAAUUGCGAGUAUUUAAAAGGCUGGAAGAAGAUCAUUCCAGUAUCAGUUCUUUUCACUCUUCGAACAGUUAAGACGUUCGUGUUUUCUCAGUGAAAAUUAAAAUCACCUCACAGUCAACAAUGGCUUUCCGUCUUGCUUUAACCGCGCUCUUCGUAGCAGCUGCAUGCAGCUCAUCGUUGGCUUCCCCUGCCUUCUACAGAAUCGUACGUAAUGCUGACCCAGCUGCAGCUCCAGUUGCCGCUGCCAAAGCAAACCAAUUCCCAUUCCAAGGUCAACAAGUCCAACAAAUUAAAUACGUCCAACCAGUCCAACCCGUCGUAGCCAAAACCGUAGUCAUCAAAGAAUUCAAGAGCAUCCCCCAACAACAAGCUCAAUUCGUCCAAGUCGCUCAACCCGCCCCCGCUCCAGUUCCUCAAGUCUACGAACCUGUCCCGGUCCCUGCUGCUGCCCCCAAAUUCGCCGCCCAAUCUGCCAACAACGCACCCGACCAACAAGCUCAAAUUACUGGACAAUCUUACGAUUUCAACCCAGUUGACAACAGCUUUUCCUACGCUUUCCAAACCAGCAACGGAAUCUCCCAACAAGCUAAAGGAUACAUCAACCAAAACGGCAAAUUCGUUCAAGAAGGAUCUUACACUUUGUACACCCCAGAAGGUAUCCCAGUAUCGAUCUCGUACAUCGCUGACGAAAAUGGAUACCAAGCCGUAGGAGACGCUAUCCCACAACCAGACCCAGUCAUCGCCAAGGCCAUCGCUUAUCAGAGAUCGCUGCCACCUCAGGCCGAAGAUAACAAAGCUUAAGUUUCGAUAAAUUAUCAGUGUAGAUAUUUGUGUUCUGUUGUCACUCACUCAGUCAAGUCAGUCGUUGAAAUGUAAAUUAUAGUUAUUUCACAAAAUUA